AUUUCAGCAAUCUUUCAUGGCAAUAUUUUAGUGGACUCUCUUGCGGCGUGGAUUUGCAUUCCUAAUAUAAGUCACACUCAUUCAAGGCUAUCACUAUGAUAGGAGACUAACGCAUUGUCACGUAUCAACAUCAACGUAAAGAUUACAUAACUGCAAGGCCGGCUCUCGUCAUUUUUACUGCCUUACUACCUUUCUUAGUCUUUCAAGCUUCGACUUUAUGACGCCUACCACUGUGCAACGAAAAGGUGCAAUCACCACUGGAACACUGGGGAAUAAAAGGUUCAUCACCGAGACGGAGUUAAAGAAACACAACGGAACUAAUGGCUCGCAGUCAUGGAUAGCGAUCAAGAACAGAGUAUACGACGUUUCCAGUUUUGGUGAGGAGCAUCCAGGAGGCACCAUCAUUUUCACGCACGCUGGCAAAGAUGCUACUGAUGUGUUUAGCGCAUUCCAUCCUGCCUCAGUGCACAAAUGGUUACCUCGCUUCUACAUUGGUGACUUGGUAAAAGAUUCACGCGUAACUCCCCUAGAUGCCCAAAAGGAGGCAGAGUAUAGACAGGAUAUCAUAGCAAUGAAAUCGGAGCUGAUGAAGGCUCGUGCAUUUGAAUCCUCUAAGCUGUAUUACGCAUUCAAGAUUGCCACUAAUUUAGCCAUAUUUGCUGCUGCAGUUGCUGCGAUUUUGGUGUUCAAUGGAAUUGUUGGUGCAGUUAUAGGCGGUGUUUUGAUGGCUCUCUUCUGGCAACAGAGUGCCUUCCUUGCUCAUGACUUCCUCCAUCAUCAGGUAUUCACCAACCGUAGCUACAAUAACUUAGGUGGCCUUUUAUUUGGCAACAUUUGGCAGGGCUUUUCAACCUCUUGGUGGAAAACAAAACAUAAUCACCAUCACGCUUCCACAAACGUUGUGCACACCCAAGCUGGAGGAGACCCAGAUAUUAUGACGAUGCCAUUCCUGUUGUGGUCAGAGAAGAUCAUCGAGGGCGAUGCAGAAGAUCUUAAAGACCUUCCAAAGUUUAUGGUCAGGUAUCAAAAGUUCUUCUAUCUACCACUGAAUGCUGCUGCUCGUAUAUCAUGGCUGCUGCAGUCAAUUCUCUUUCAACUGGAACCUGUGCAUAAAUAUGUUGGUGGUUUACCCAUGAAGAUCGCCGAGAUUUCUUCAAUGGCUGUCCAUUACGUUUCAUUAGUGUUAAUCACAUCACUUCUAGACACGACUUCCUCAAGAAUCGUUUUCCAACUGAUCUGUCAGUCACUCGGUGGGAUUUUUCUUGCUGUAAUUUUUACCGUUGGUCAUUAUGCAAUGGAAAUUUUUACGAGCGAGGAAAUGAGUGACACUGAUUUCGUCCGCCUUCAAGUUCGUUCCACUCGCAAUAUCACGCCCACUGUCUUUAACAAGUGGUUCAGCGGUGGUCUCGCAUAUCAGGUGGAGCAUCAUAUAUGGCCUACUUUACCUCGUCAUAGUUUACCUCUUGCGUCGAAGAUUUUGAAGCGCUUUUGUUCCAAGCACAACAUUCCUUACACAGUAAAAGGACUGAUUGAAGGAAACUUGGCAGUCUUUAAGCUACUUUCACAAAUUGGUGAGAGAUUUUGAUCUUUCAUGCUUAGACAUUGUAAUAAUUCCCAACAGCCUGUGUCCAAUUUUGUGCUUUAAAUUUUAAAGUUUCGUGUUUUCUAAUAGACAGGCUUCUAUAUUCGAUUUAUAUAAAUAUAUAACUUGUUCAUUGGACCUGAUCCCUUUCAAUUUAAAAAUUUUGAUACGGUAUGCUGUACAUUAGUGUGAUUCUAGUUCUUAAAACUAGGUGGUAAAUCAAGCUGUCUCUAAGCUUAAUUAAAAUUUUUUAUCUUCUUUCAAACUUUUGCAUGAUAUGAAUUGAUAUUGGGGAAAAUUUAUCAUUUGCCCUCGGAGCUUUGCUUCUCGGCCAAAUAUUAAUUUUUCGGAAAAUCUCUUAGCCGCGGACAUUAUCAGCCGACAUAGAAACUGCCUGAAGAGGUCUAUUUACAAUAUGAUUUCUAAAAAAAAAUAAAUGUAAU